CCCUAGGACCCCCACCCAGCCCCCCGGGACCUCCUCCCAGCCCCCUGCAGCCCCCGCCUUCCGGACCAUGGUGCUGCAGCCGGUGCAGACGGCGUCUGGCGCCCAGUUUUACCGCAAACCGGACGGGAAACUGGUCCAGCUGAUCCCCAUCAACCAGCUGAGACCAGUCCACGCCGAGCUGACCAAUCACAGAGUCCUCCCCGCUUCCAUUCAGACUCCAAGCAACCAAAUGGCUCCAAACCGCGUAACCGUGGUAACCCCAGUGACCCCCCCCUCCCUGUCCAGCUGCUCCCUGGCCCCCCUGGCCCCCCCGCUGCCCCCCACUGCCGGCUUCCUGUCUCCGAAGGGGACGUGCACCUUUAAAAUCCUUCCCUCUGACUCCAGUCGGGAACCAAUCACCGUGACCUGUCCCAGAGUUCCCCCCAAGACGCGGGCACCGCUGGGACCCCCCACCGUCAUCGCUGCACCCCCACCACCAACCCCCGUCAUCGUGGCACCUGCCGCCGGCGCUCCGCUGAACCUCAUCUCCCUCAAACCCUCCGCGGGCCGGGGGGCGGAGCUUGGCGUCAAAGCGGUGGCGGUGGCUCCGCCCCCGUCAGCGGAGCCUGCAGGGGCGGAGCCUGUAGGGGCGGAGCCGGCGUACAACCUGGUGGACCUGGACAUUGUCUGCGUGGAUGAUGAGAUGGAGCUGGCUGCCGCGGAGACGGCAGGCGUGGAGCUGCACGGGUCGAGCAGCGAGACGGACAACUCGUCCGACUUCGGAGACGAACUGGACGGGGACGAAGACAAAGAGACGAAUGUAGACAACCAAGGGGGACAGGGUGGACAUUUUUCUUUGGCCCCCCAGACCUACAAGAAAGACCAACAUACAGACACCAUGUCAAACAUA